UUCCAUAACCCAGAUACUUUCAAAGGAAAAAAAAAGUUUUGUAAUAUGCAUCUGUAACUUCCCAACAGUGCUGGUUCCAUCAAAACAAUCCAAAAUUUCAUCAAUUUCAUCUUAAGAUUUCCAAACUGAAUUUUUCAUUUCAUAAGCGUGGAUUUUCUAAAAAGAGAAAGACCCCACAUGACGAUUUGAAAUUCAGAUGAAAUAUGGAUGUAAACUUCAGACCUGUGACUGCUUGUCCUAAGGAUGGUCUCACUUGGCUGAACAACGGGAUAAAGUUACAGUGUCCCAAUGAUACACUAGGAAGGAACCUGUACCAGUGUGUACCUAAUGAUGGCAGAUCGUCACUUGUGGAGUUUUGUCUUCAAGGGAGUAUUGGCAGAUAUGGAGAAAAUACUUGCCCUUUUGCUUUAUCAUCGGGACACCUAGACGCCAUCAACUGCUCCACUUUUCUCAAAGGUUGUCCAAAAGAACCUUACCUUACCAAUGAAGUUUACAAAUAUCCAGCCUGCUUGGAAAUAAAUCCACAGAAACGUUGCUACCUGGCGAAUGAAAACUGUUUAAACAAAACGAGUCAGGAAGAUUCAGAAUCAACAACUUUAAUUCAACCCACUGACUCCUCAUCAUAUAUCCUGUCCACAGAGAGUUUUAAUCUUACCUCGGUGUUACCAAACAGUACUUCGAAUUUGCAGCCGGGGAUUGAGACCGUACCUAUAAUUGCUGGCGUAGUCUCCUUAUUGAUCGUACUAUUAGUUAUAUUUGUAAUUUUCUUCCUUUUUUACUCGAGAAGAUGUUGUCGGUCUUGGAACACAAUGAACUCAACAGAGAUGAAUGUCAUCCCUGUACAAGAAGAAGAGAAAGACAAAGAAAAGGAUUUGGAGCUCCUUUUGGACUUUGUGUCCAGACAACUUUCUUUCGCGGACCUUGCCAUUGUUUCCACAUAUCUUGGUGAGCCUCAGUUGGCAGAGACGACCUAUUUGGACAGGACCCCCUCCGAAACCUAUUGCAAGCUUUUCCAUGUGUGGCGAUGUAAAUAUACGCGCAUAGACCACAAAGCUAAAUUGAAGGAAGUUUUCUCCUCCAUGGAGAGACAAGAUUUAAUUGAGAGAAUGGAAAUGUUCUCUAAAGACAGCUAUUUCUAUAAAGAAGUUUUAGUCAAUCCAACAGAACAAGCUCAGUCUUCUGACUUUAUCAUAAUGAGUAAACAUUUAGCCUCUAGAUCUCAACACGUCUUGCACUUUCUUGGUUUGAAACAGACUGGUAUAGAUCAGAUUGAGAGAGAUAAUAGAACUACUCAAGAAAAAAUACUGAGAGCUUUAUCAAAAAUCCAAAAAGAUAGGUCAUCACUAACAAGACAGAGUAUUUGCAAUGCUCUAUAUUACGCAGACCAUUCUGACGUCAUAGAUAUUCUAAACUCUAGCUGGAACAGGGCAGAUGUUGUAGCAAAUAUUAAGCCAACGGAGAGAGACAAAUGUAUCGCUGAGAUCCAUGUCAAACCAGAACCUAAGAAGAACAUCCCUGAUGUUAACGAGACGGAUAUAAAUACUGAAAUAGAGAAGAGAAAGCCUGCUGUCCAAAAUACUGAUGUCAAAAGUAAACCAGAAUAUGGUUUAGGCAAUGAAGAAGAAGGAGAAGCGGUCCGUAGUGAUACCGAUGAGGAUGGCAGUAGUGAUUCUGAAGAUAUCGGUGAGUUAAUAAAGCAAACAGUUCAAGUAUUUUUUUUUUCUUGACAAUGUAAGAUAUUGGGAUAUAUUUACAUAUUUUAUGUCUUAA